AUGGCUGAAGAAGACAGCUGGCUUGCUGCCGUUGAAGGGCUGUGCGCUCAACAGCAGGACAGUUUUGCAGAGGCGAAGGCUGCUGCACGCAUACGUGCCUUCAGUGAAUGGAGCUCAGAUGAUGACUGCCCUGCGUCAGCUGCGCCCUCGACGGAGUCAUGGUACUGGCUCCCUUUGCUGAAGGAACACACAGCUGGCUACAAGCGCCAGCAGACGGGGCCUGUUCGACUGUUGAGUUCGUGCACUGGAAGUUUUGCAGAAGCUGAAGCGCUGGAGGCGCAGCGGGCGCUGGGGAUCCCAUACGUUGCUCUCGGCUGUGCUGACACUAACAGCGACUUCCGUUCCUACGUGAAUGCGAGCUUUGGUGGAUCAGGGCGCCGUGCAGCCGCCCACAUGCAUUGUAGCAUGGAAGAUCAGUUGUCCGGCGCAGCUUGCAGCUAUCAUCCGGGUGAGCAGUGUAUGUUUUCCUUGGCCUCGGAUGUAGACAUUGCAGUGACAGGCACACCCUGUCCCCCUUUCAGCCAGAACCGACAGAAACGCACUGCCAUUGGCUCGGUAGUGAACCACCCGCUCUACCACGUCACAGACAGUCUGCUUCCGUCAUGGGUGGCCAUGACAGAACCGAAGUUCGCAGUAAUAGAGCAGGUGAAAGGAUUCCACCAGCCUAUGGACUGCAAGGAUGAAUCGACGCCGCUGAUCAGGUUGCUUGAGGCCAUCUCCAGCUACUCGUGGUCUCGUGGAGGGUACCACGUGCUGGCCCACGACCUGGAUGGGCCUGUGCUUGCGGCUGCACGACCUGCCAAGAAGCCUAGAGGUAGCCAUUCUUUGCGGGCACUGCUUCGUGACACAGAAAUCCCACAGCCAGUCGCAUCCAGGCAAGAGCUUGCGGCCGCAGCGAGGCAAGCCCGGCAAGUGCAGCUGGCUGCCAGGCGUCAUGAUCAUGAAGACGAUGGUCCAGACGCAGUGGUGCCACAUCGUGUGUCUUCCUUUCGAUUGGCCGCGGGGCAGGGUACGAAGGCUCAUCAAUUUGCCUGCUCGCUGCUGGAGAAGUGGACGCAGCCGGGAAUUUCGAAAGCCAUGCCACCCAAUGCCGUGUGCCAGCACUUGGUGCGCAAGGAGGAGUUCGUGCACAUGAGUUUUUCUGCGCUUGCUGCGGCGACAGGCGUGUCCAGACAGUCGGCAUCUCGCGCAGUGGAGCGCACUGCUGCUGCGAUGCAAUUGUGCUCAGACUUGUCAUGGGGGACGCUGCUGGCAAAUGUAGCAGAGCUUCUGGCCUCCAGCUCCAAUGUGCGGGGCCUCCUGUUUCUGACUCAUGCAAGAUACGACGAAACCCCUUCGAAGCUGCGCCUCGACGCAGACGGCAAUUUGAUGACGUCAUCAGCCGUGCCGCUGCAACGCGACAAGCAAGAAACAUGCAUAGCCAAAGUCUUCCAGAUCGAGUUCGGCUUGACAAUGCUCCUGCAGCGUCUCGACACAGGCGAGAUACAUGCCUUGACGGGCAUGUGUCCAAGACAGUUGGCUGCUGUAGACAGGACCAGCGCGGCUAACACGCGGCAAGUUCUCGAGUCCAGAUGCAGUUUGCCGGAGAUCAAGAGAGCAUCCAAGCAUUUUGACUUUCGGGUCAGGUGUGUAUGUACAGACCGGUAUGCGGCAAACUUUGCAGCUGAACGAUCAAUGCAAGCUUCCGCUCGUCAUGAGGGGUUGGCCUACGCUCGUGAUCAUUCCUCAUGCGAGCUCCACAUGGUAGCAACAGCUCACACGAAAACUGCACAGCUCUCGAAACUGGACGUUGCCGUGCAGGGCUUGAUUGCCUGUGCCCUCACUAUGACUGGGGCCAAAGCCAAGUCACGCCUGCGCCAGUGCCUCCUCGAAGUUCUGGUGGAGAAGUCUGUCUUUGUCGCUGGGCGUGCUCCAGCUGGGUCUGUCGUGGACUUUCGAAACAGCCUUUUUGACCAGCACUUGCCUCUCUACCCUGCUGCCCGAGAGCCAGAAGCACGCAGACUGCACAACCAGCACCGUGCCCAGCGGUGCGUCCUUGCCAAGUUCUUCAACGGUGACCUCACAUCUUCUACCGUGAGGAUCUACAACCCCUUUGUUCAUGUCAUCGACGAGACAGUGAAAGCGAACAUGCUCAGAGACAUAGAAGCCUUCGCGUUGGCAGCCCUUCUGCCUCGCACUUGCCCUCUCUUUUCACGCAGUCGCUGGAAUGGUGCGGAUGCUUCCCUGAAUUGGCUUGGCUUGUUUGGGGGCCACUACAAUGGUGCACUCUUCGCUGGCACCAUUCAAAGAUUCAUUGGGCUGCCCUUGCUGCAACGCCCAGCCGCUUCGGCAGAAGAUGCUUGGAUGCGUGCCAUUUCUGCAGAGGUUGGCCUGGAGAUGGGCCGUCAGACUCCAGGAGGUCUGGCUGCUGAGACAUUGGAUGAGGAGGUCUUGGAGCCUGAUGCAGAAGUUCCCGGGCAGGCUGACGAGUGGCACCGACGCAACAAGCAGUACCGGCGAAAGGCCGUCAACUUCGCAGCAGAGCUUUGCUUGGGCACCGUCUUUGUCUUCUGCGUAGUGGGUGGUUUGCUGCAACAGCUCCGCAGAGAGCUGUUCCACAGAGCCAGUGUGGUCUGGCGUCGGAAUGUUUAUGCGCGUGCUGCCCGCACUCACAGCCCAUCCAACUUCUGCAAGCUGCUGGAAGUUCUUGCGAGCGACGAUGUGCAGAGAUUCUACAGAGGUCUCUUUCGUGCCUUACGAGAGAGGCAGCCGCUGCUGGAGCCUCCUUACAACACGCUGCAGAACCGGUCGCUCCUCUUCACUGCGUUGGCCCGUGCAGGUGCGUGUAUCCACCAGCUGCUGGUGAUGCGACGUGCUGGCUUCCCGAUGCAGAUGUUCAGGUUGCUGACAGACGGCUCAGCUGGGAUGGCAGCCGAAAUAGUUGAGCGGGCCAAGAAAGUCUGCAUGCGAGACGAACUGACCCACGAGCUCCUGUCCCGCUAUCCAACCGCAGAUGACCUCCGCAGCGCACCUUGUCGGGCAGUGCUCUGCUGCAUCGCAGCACGUCGCGAAUAUGACAUCUGCACAAUCGAAUGCAGGCACGCAUCCACUCGUCGUGUGUCGGCUACUUCAGCUCAGACAUGGGUGCGAAGUCUGCAACAUGUCUCUGCAGCCUUCUGCAUCAAGCAGAACAAGCUAGCCCGGCAAAAUGUGGCUGGUGUGCAAGUGCAAGCUUCUCCCCAGGGCACACGUGCUACUGCUUCCGAGCCCGAGCCGGCUAAGGCAAAGCAGACGAGGGCACGGAGUGCCUGGGUGGCGUUCAUGCAUGAGGAAACGCAGGGGCGCACUGGUAAGAAGUGGGGUGGCGACAUGCGGGAGCUUUCUCGCAGGUUCCAUCUCUUGAGCGAUGCAGAGAAGGAGAGGUUGCAGGGUUUGGCGGACACCGCCACCGAAGCAGCGCGUCAACAACAAGCUCCUGGUCCGGCGGGGCUUGCGCAAACGCGCGAGCAGAAGAAGGAACGCAGGAGGUUGCGGAUGGCGCUGACGCCUGGAGCUGCCGCCGACGACGACGCUGCAGUAGCCAGGUCUGCGGCUGUUUCUCUGAACUCUGUGGCUUUCGGCCUGCCAGAGGAGCUUGCCAAACUAUCCCAGGAGAGACGGUCGGCAGUUGCUGCAGCAAAGAAAAUAGCCGAGGAGGAGCAGACAGCGCUGCAGCUUUACUUACAUCAGAACCCUGCGCCUGUCCUGGACUUGAUCCCGGAUUCAGAUCUGGUGCAGUCGAACAGCGUGCCUUUGCCUGAGACUGUGCAGACAGCAGAGUUCAGUCCUCCACUGGCAGACAUGGCAGAGGCCGGUCUUUUCUUCGACACACUGUCAUUUUUAUCAGCUUGA